UAAAACACGUAAACAAGCAAUUUUGCGUAAAUACAGAAAAUUAAAUACACUAUAAACAAGUUUAUUACUUUAUUAGUAUAAUGGCACAAGAAUUAAGAGAAUUGUGUCAAUUAUUAUUUCCGGAUUCUUCCACAGAAAAUGCUGAAUAUUUCUCGGAUAUAUCAGAUUAUAUAAAAAAGGUUGGUUCCCAAAAUUGGGAACAAAUUGCCAAAGAACCUGAGCGUUUAACUGAUGAAAUGAAACAUUUAACUGAGCAAACACAAGAUUUGGCUUUCUCAAACUACAAAACCUUCGUUGAAACGGCUGAGAUAUCGCGAACAAUAAUGAAAGAUCUUGGCAAAUCAAAAGAUUCUUUAGCAGUAUUUUUGGAAACAACACCAACAUUUGUGACAGAAUGUGAAAAAUUCUCACAAGCUGCUUCGGAUAUAGUUGAAGACAAAAAACAAUAUAGUAACAUCAGGAAUCAAAGUGAUAAAUUGCUUGAACUCUUAGAAUUGCCAUCUUUAAUGAGAGAAGCCUUAAAUUCAGAGGACUAUGAGAGUGCGCUUGAUAUAUUCACAUUUGUACGGAAUUUAUCAAAGAGAUAUUCAAAUAUUCCAAUUGUUCAGAAUACUACUAGGGAAAUAAUGACUUUAUGGUAUGAAACUUUGUAUCAUCUCUUCAAUCAACUGCAUUAUGAUUUACCAUUGCCACAGUGUUUACAAAUUUUGGGUUAUUUGCGACGAGCCAAUAUUGUAUUUAAAUCCACUGAGGAGGAACAAAACUAUACCAAUGGUAACAAAAACGCCACUUCAGAUGGCUUACAUUUACAUUUUCUUAAAGCCAGGAAUGCUUGGUUUGAAAAAGCUCUAGAAGAUGCUAAGAGUACAGAAUCCCCUGAUAAAUUGCUAAGAAGAAUUGUUGAACUGCACAGGAUUCAUUUAUUCAAUGUUCUUACUCAGCACAAAUCUAUAUUUUUAUCUGACUCCCAAGAGUCUAAAGUGAGGGAUGAUGAAUUAAGUGGAACUAGUGCACUGUCUUGCUGGUUAAAGCAAAAGGUUGAAGAAUUAGCAAAUACUCUAAAUCAAAACUUACAUAAAGAAGAUGAGACAAGCUUUGAGUCACUAUUAAACCAGUGUAUGUAUUUGUGCCUGUCAUUUGGAAGGGUGGGAGCCGAUUUGAGAUGUGUGCUUACUCCUUUAUUUAGGAACAAUGUUUUGAUGCAAUUUAAUGCUGGCAUAGAGAAGGCUGAUAACAAUUUUGAACUAUACAUGAAAACAUACAAAGUUGCUAGUAUAAAAAAUGUACCAAGACCAAUAAAUGAAAACCUGGCAUCUGGUCCUCCGGAAAUUUUACUAGAUUAUUAUCCUUUAGCUGAGUAUUGUAAUGGCUUAUUAAAUGUUCUGAAUUCAAUGAGAGUAACAGCGCCAUUAAAUCUCGUAAAGGAUGUUUAUAAUGGUUUUCGGAAAUCAUUUGAAAAAGCUGUACAGAUUCUUAUUUCAUUUUAUCACAGAGAGCAACAAGCUUUUACUGAUAUUGAGAGGCAAAAUUAUUGUUCGUUUUGCGUUUGUUUUACUGAGGAUUUAGUGCCAUAUAUAUCCAAAUGUUUGUCGAUUUCUUUCCCUCCAUCACAAAUAGCCGAAACGCUAGGUGUUACUCUUACUGUUUUACAAGAAAGUAAAAUCCUGUACAUAGAUCAAGCAAAAUUAUGUCAACCGUUAAAUAAUAUCACAGGUUUUUCUAUGUAAUUGACUUUGUAUGAAUAAUUAUUAUAAUAAAUUAUUAUAUAUUUAUAUUAGGGAUAUAAGUAAUCAGGUUAUGAAAUAAAAC